CAAGCGGCGAGAACAGCUUAUUCACCCUGGCGCAUCCACAGGGAGACCCUCAUUAUGAUACCGCACACUAUCGCGUGCUUGGCGAAGACGACCCCGGCCAAGCAGCGCAUGCAGCCCUUUACGCGCACGAAACAGACAGUGAAACUGAGUACAGCUUCGGCGGCGGCGACGAGGACGACGACAGCAUGACGCAGCGCUCUUCGGGCUCGCUCAGCACCACCCCAGGUGCCUCUGCGCACCAUGAUGCUCCUGUCAAGCUCGAAUGGGACCAAGACGCCGAGCUGGUAGACAGGACACGCGAGAAGCGGCAUGAUGGCAAUGACGUUUCCUUUCAGGUCGACAGGCGUGUUUUGCGCGACAUCGUGAAAGAGAAAUUAGGCUUGGAUGUUGCCCGGAUUCGCUUUAUCUCUUCUGGAACAUUCCACAAGGCGUAUCUAGUUGCACUAUCAAGCGGAGAAACAGUUAUCGCUCGCGUCGCUCGACGCUACAUGCCGCGCUUAAAGACCGAAUCCGAAGUCGCGACCAUGCAAUAUUUACGCGCAUAUACUAAGAUUCCCGUCCCCGAGGUAUAUGCGUGGGACAGCAAUCCCUACAACCGCCUUGGUGGCGAGUAUAUCUUGAUGAGCAGGGCCCGUGGCAUCCCGCUCCGAAAAGUCUAUCACUCAUUGCCUCUGGCACAACUGAAUGUACUGCUACGCCAGCUCGCAGAACUACUAGUUCCUCUUUUCGGACAUAGAUUUUCACACAUCGGGUCACUUUAUUCUGAGGAAGGCAAAUUCAAUUCCGCAGUGAAGACUCCAGAGGGCAGCACAGAUGACAAACUCGCUAAAGAGGAAGAGGACCAUGGUCAUGUUCCAACACCCAAACUCUCGCAAUCAAACCGCACAAGCUCCAUCGACUUCGCCUUCGGAUCCUCACUGCCUACCCCGACUCGAACACCCUCUUUUUCUACGAAUGUUCUUCCCACACCUCGACAAGAGAGGACUCAGUUCUCACUAACACCUUCCUCACUAUCCAGGCCAACCUCCGUAGUUGGACGACGGAGGAAUGCAAUCGGUGUGCCUUGCUUACCUCGAACUUUCCACAUUGGACCGAUAGUCUCCUGGCCGUUCUUCGGUUCUGGCCGCGGUGACCUGUCCCAUACUUCCUUCCCACCCGAGAUCGAACGUGGUCCAUGGGCUUCCAAUGCGGCGUACCUGCGUGCGUGUGCCAAUCGCGAGGCAUUGGGUGUUGCACGUGAAAACGAAGGGCGAGCAAAGCCGCAUAAACUACAUCUCGAUCCCGAUGAUGUCUUGCCUCGAGGUGCAAAGAGAAGGAGCAAGAAGGGUGAAUACGUAUGGGGAUAUGGUUUUGUCCGCCGUGCUCGGCUAGCGGGUUUUGGUGAAGGGGACGAUGAGAGUGAAGAUCGAUCAGGAGAAGAUGAUGAAUCGGAAGUUCCUUCUGAUGACAGAGAAGACUCGGAUUCGAGCUCGAGUGUUGGGAGUCCUGCCCUCAGUGUCAAUUCUGACGUGGACGAGGAUAUGAUGUAUCAGGAUUAUCGACGGUUUCAGAGGAGUACCUUCCUCGUUGCAGAGCUUCAAAGGAGAGAAAAGCGCGUUCGUGGGGAAAUGGAACGGUGGCGAAGAUGUAUGAUCGUUUUAGAGGGUGUAUUGAAGGAAGUCGUGGACAAGGUUCAGGUGAACGGUGUAAAGAAUAAAGAAGGUGUCGGUGGAUGCAGCUUGCCCGAGGGAGAGAUGUUUAGCCUCGAUUGCCAUGAUCUCAGUCUUGAUAAUGUCUUCGUCGACGAAAAGGAUCAUUCAAAGAUUACCUGUAUUAUUGACUGGGAAUCUACAACGACACGGCCACUAUGGGCUUGUGCACACUUACCUUCGUUUCUUCUAUCAUCUCCAUUUUCGUCGAACCUUUUCCGGAAGGCUAUCGCGGCACUCCCUGCAGACAAGUUCCCUCAUGCAUACGAGUGGUUAGUCUACGAACGCGCCGGUGCUCCUCUUCGUUAUGCACAUAAAUGUGUAGAAUGGGACGGCUGGGAGGAAGGUCUCGUAGACAGUAUCCUCGGUACAGUCGAACACGACACAGACGACUCCCCUGUUCCCGCAAAUUUCCCAGGCGCGCUUGCACUCAUGGCGGUAGAACCCAAAGAAUUUUGGGAACAAGACGACUGGGAAGAGCCACUCGUAACGCAAAUGCGUUUGAGCUUCAGUUGUUUGACAGACGGCACCGUGGCGGAUGCAACGAAGUUACCUCACCCACUCGCUGGUACUCAACGUCGUAUAGGAACUAUUAGUCCAUCUUUAACGAGUGGUUUGCGAAGAGCGAGCCAAUCCUCGGCAGGCUCUGAACUUGAGAUGGAGAGGAUGUUGGACGUGAAGGGCGAUAUUUGUGGUGGACGUGGAGGUGAACUCGGAAGGAGGCUCGAGGCGUGGCUGAUAGAGAGCUCACCGCAGAGUGAAACGAAAGAGCUGUAGUUUCUAAUACCCUGUCGUCUGCGGAGUGCCAGGUUGUUUAGUAUGGGUAUAAUAAUUUGUACAUUACACAUUCGGUUCUUUUAGACUCGCAAUGUUAGAGAGGGG